AUGAGAUACACCGAUAAAGUCUGUGAUUGGUACUUGGAGUAUGCUGCAGUGAACAUCCUAUCGGUGAAGGUAUCAUCAUUGGAUGUUGAUUUCCCCAUCAACGUGUAUGGCACUGUUAUUGCCAGAGACAACAUUGAUUGCAAGUGUAUUUAUCUCUUCCAUCGCGAAAAAGAUCAUUGUCAGCUCAUCACCUCUAAGGUGCAUGGAUCAAUCAUUGAUCUUGACUGGCCCAAAAGAGCACUUGGGUUGCUAGAUGAUGCGUAUGUUGAGAUUGAUUUGAAGAUCACGGAUGAUCAAGGGCAGGAGGAGGAAGAACUUAGUAAAGGAUUCGUGACGAUCAGGGGCAUAGCAGGUCGAUAUUUGGACAAAAGCAUUGUUGAAAGUAAAGAUCUUGCUACCAGGCUCAGUACCAUGGAGGUGAAGUAUGCAGUUGUGCACGAGGCAGUGGAGGCUACUAUUUCAAUUGAAGUCACAGAAGGGGAGUUUUCUGGUAAAAUCACUGCUUCAGCCACCGGUAGUAGGCUGAAUGUUGUGCUUCAUGAUAGUGAAGUGGCUGGUGUGAUGAACGCUGGCAAUGGUAAAGGUGAUAUGCAACUCAUGCGAUCAGUUGUAUCUGUCUCUCUGGAGGAGGAUCUAAGGAUCUGUUAG